UGGUCAACCUCGUCCAAGUUUUAUCGCGAACAAUAAUAACCUCUCCUAUGUUUUUUCUUUGCCUUCUGUUUCCAUUCACACGUGGCAGACAGGAAUUCCAGGUAAGCUCCCCCCCGCUUUAAUGGGGCGCCAGCUCGGACGACACGUGUCGAGACCUGAGUCCGCUAGCUCGCCGUGUUAUCUCCCGUUCUCAACACGUGGCGCCGAGCCAGUUGACACGUGUCUCCUGCCAUGCACGCCCACGUCCAUCGAUCUCACCCCCUUCUUCUUCCGAGCGCUCUGCUUAAUACCACCGUCGUUCUCGUUCCACGUCUCUCAUCAGUUCUCAACUUUUGAAAGUUCAAACGCACACAAAACACGUACAGACUCGAGAGAGCAAACAUGGCUUCGGAGCAAGUCUCGCGAAGAAGAGAGAACACCACGAACGAGCGAGAGAUCCACGUGGAGACGGACAAGGUCCCCAAGAUGACGAUCCACUUCGAGUCCCUCGCCGAGAAGGCGCAAGCCUCGGACCCGGCUGGCGGGAAGGAGGCUCCGCAUGGCGAGGCUCGUCUGGAGCGAGAGGGGAGAGAGACCGCAGGACAGACGGAGACGACGGCCCGACAUGAUCGAGAAGUGAGGGAGAAGGAGAAGGAGAAGGAGAGUAGCGACGGCAAGCAGUUGGAGUCCCUGGCGGAGAAAGUGAAGACCAUCGAUGUGGGAGGUCAGAAGGGGGGUUAUGAGGGUGGUGAGAGAGGGGGUCGUGGGACGAGAGGAGAGUCGCUGGCGGAGAAGGUGGAGAAGAUAGAGAUUGGCGGAGCGCCCAUGAAAGGAGUGAGUCGGGGUGAAGAGGGAGAGAAAAAGAGAGAAAGAGGAGGCCAGGAGGGGAGGGAGAGGAGCGAAGGCGGUCGUCAACAUCAUGGGGAAGGUGGAAGGAGGACGGAGAGGGAGACUUAUCAGGUUGAAGAGAAGGGAGGCCGAAUGAGAGGAGAAAGUGCCCCAGAAACGGAAAGGAAAGGUGGCGAGGAGAUGCAGGGCCAAAAAAAGGGCCACGAAGAAGAAGCACAACCUACUCUAGAAGAAGUUUCGAGAUUAAGAGCAUUGGCCCAGCAGAAUUCGAUGGAAAUACUGAGAGCUGCGGAGGAGCGCUACAACCAAGCGAAAGAAUUGGCGAAUCAAGGACUCGGUACAGCUUCAGAGAAGGCCGCUCAAACAAAGGACACGGUCCUUCAAGGUGCUCGUGCCACGACUGAGUACAUGGCAGAGAAGGGUGCGAGGGUCAAAGACACAGCCGUUGAAAAGGGUCAGCAGGGUCUUGCGGCUGCGAAGGAAACCGUGCUCAGUGCCGGAAAAACUGCUAAGGACUACACCAUUCCAAAGGCAGAGCAAGCUAAGGACUACACGAUGCAAAAGGCUGCAGAAGCCAAGGACUACACACUUCCAAAGGCAGAGCAAGCUAAGGACUACGCAAUGCAAAAGGCCACAGAAGCUAAGGAUAAGACGGUGGAGAUCUCUAAAGGAGUUGCCAAUUACACGGGAGAGAGAGCGGUUGCAGCAAAGGAAGCGGCGGUGGAGACCAGCAAGGGCGCGGCAGAGUAUGCAGGGAAAGCGGCUGUGGAAGUCAAGGAUAAGACAAUUGCGGCUGGGUGGGGAGCUGCUCAUUACACUGCCGAGAUAACGGUGGAGGGAACGAAGGCUGCUGCCAGGGUCGUUCAGGGAGUCGCUGAGAAGGCAGGAGAGGUUGCUCUUGGUGCGGGACAUAAGGCUGCAGAGAUUGCUGCCAAGCCCUUGGUUGCAGCAAAGGAUGUGGCAGCUGCGACUGGUGAAAAGGCCAAGGAGUAUACAGCCAGGAAGAAAGAAGAAGCUGAAAGACAGCUAGAAGCCAAGAAGUCAGCCGAAAACCAGGAAACAGAAGGGGCUGAACGGCCCAAAGAUGUAGUGUCGCAAGCCAAAGAAAUGGUGGAAGGGGGGGCUAGAAGAGCGAAGGAGACUACCCAGGAAAUCCUCAAGGGAUCGACCGAGGAGGGAAAGAUGGGGACCGGCGAGCAGGUCGCUCAGGGAAAAACAGAACACGGAAACACCGAGGAGCAGCAGCCCGGAGGGGGUGUACUUGAACAGCCCAAAGGUAUAGUCACACAAGCCAAAGAAACGGUGGAAGCAGGGGCUAGAAAGGCGAAGGAGACUGCCCAGGGAAUCCUUGAGGGAUCGACCAAGGAGGGAAAGAUGGGGACAGGCGAGCAGGUCGCUCAGGGCAAAACAGAACACAGAAAGACCGAGAAGCAGCAGCCCGGAGGUGGCGUACUGGCUGAACAGCCCAAAGGUGUGGUCGCACAAGCCAAGGAAAUGGUGGAAGGAGGGGCUAGAAAGGCGAAGGAGACUACCCAGGAAAUCCUGGGGGGAUCAACCGAGGAGGGAAAGACGGAGACCGGUGAGCAGGUUGUUCAGGGCAAAACAGAACACAUAAAGACCGAGGAGCAGCAGCCUGGAGGUGGUGUACUGGGAGCAAUUGGCGAGACUAUAGUGGAGAUUGCGCAGACAACCAAAGAGUUUGUGGUCGGGCAGGACGAGCCAGGAGGCGAAGAGGCAAACCUCGCUUUCUCGGCCUCCUCAACGGACCGUAGCGAGCAAGGAGAGCAUAAGCAAGACCGCUGUAAAUAGAGGUUGGCCACAGAAGGUUCAUAGCUCUGCUUUGAUUUAGGAUGGGAAGAGGAAUGUAGAGUUGAGAGGUGUGCCAAUGUGAAAACGUGAGAGGACGAACCUGCGAAGCAAAUAAAACAGUUUUCUAGCUCUUGUCCUAGUGAAACUGGUGGAUGUACAGAUAGAGAAUGUUUGUUGUAUGGUGAACUUUCGUGUAAUAAACGAUUCUGGAAUGGUUAAGAUUUCCAUUUCUGAGUGACC